GAAGCUGAAAGCGGCCUUUGGCUUCGACCCGACAACGAUGGAGUGACCCGCGCGGCCCUGUCCACGCAGACCCGGUUUGACGCCCCUGACCCCUUGCACAGCAGAUUCAAGACCCGCAGGACAGCUCCAGGAAAGAGCGCUUGGCGCUGGAAUUUGCCAUGGACCGCGGCCGCCCGGCAAACAGCCCUUUAAGCGCCAGUGCUGAGCCGGCGCCCCCAGGCACCUUCACCCGCGACUCAAGCCCGGGGCGGAUUGGGAUCGGUGCGCGCUCCGGAGGAGGCCGGCCAGCUGCAGCGAACGCAGCGCGGGAGCGCAGCCGCGUGCAAACCCUGAGGCACGCCUUCCUGGAGCUCCAGCGCACGCUGCCGUCGGUACCGCCAGACACCAAGCUGUCCAAGUUGGACGUGCUACUGCUGGCCACCACUUACAUCGCGCACCUUACCCGCAGCCUGCAGGACGACGCCGAGGGACCUGCCGACCCUGGUCUGGGAGCUUUGAGUGGUGACGGCUAUCUGCACCCAGUCAAGAAGUGGCCCAUGCGAUCAAGAUUAUACAUCGGUGCUACUGGUCAGUUUCUGAAGCAUUCCAUCUCCGAAGAAAAAGCAAAUCAUAGCAACACUCCAACAGACUCACAGCCUUAGACUCUCUCGUGGUGGGGGCUGGUAGAGGUGAUGUCUAUUGUUUUUAAAUACUAUGAAAGAAUUACGUAUUUAUUACAUCAAACAUAACAAACAUCAUUUCUGAUAGUUCACAUUAGAGCCGAUAGUUUGAUGUCCAGAUUUAUCUGUCUAAAUGUGGAGUGAAGUAAUCAAUCUUAUAUAAAACACACAGCUUAUCUAUUCAUUGUGAGAGUCAUUGCUGUAUAGUACAAAAGAAACUAUUAGAAAAAGACACACAAAAGGAAACAAUUAUGUAUAUAUCCAAAGAAGGCACACAUUUUCUGUAGUAUACCUAUUAUAAACUUAAAAGCCAAUAUCUAUUAGUAUAGUCUUUCUUGUUUAAAAAAAAAAUCGUGUUUGUGGUAUCUCAGUGUUCCAUCUUUGUGAAGACCAAGAAGUCAUUUUAACUGUCAGAUGCAAGAUCUUUCAUUUAGUUUGGCUUUAUAUGUAUA